AUGUUUCAAGUGACAGCCGCGGACGAAGGUGGUAACGACACAACGGCCAGGCGCUCGCCAAGUCCAUCCUCUAUUCUGCCUCCUCCAUAUGAGUCCUAUGAGGAACUACCACCUGGGUGGCUAAGGGCAUUCGACCCUCAAUCUAACCGAUGCUUUUAUGUUGACACCUUGGCCAACCCUCCGGUUUCAAUAUGGGCGCAUCCCUUUCGACACCCACAAUUCCUUCGCAAUGUAGGAAUCAAACCUGAGGAAAUCCCAGACGACUCAGAUUGGCACCCUGAUCCCGAGAACGCUUCACAGAUCGCGGUCUUCACAAACGAGAGCACAUCCUCUGUCAGACUCCCAUCCUUCCUUGCAGCAGUUAAGGCGAAAAUAAUGGAAGAAGCCGAGGCGCGAGCUGCUGCAUACGCACGUUCUGCUGAGAAGCGUUAUCGAAGAAAACAAUGGUUUUACAUCGAGGCUAGGAAGGCGAUCAUCGAGGACAGAAAGAGACGGGAUGAAUGGCAUUAUGGGCAAGUUGAUUUUAUACCACCGCACAGGUACGACUACGACGGUCCGGGAUUUGAGGAGGACAAGAACGCGACGACAACGUCUGUUGUUCGCAAGGUGCUUGGGGCACUUACUCGUGCCAGGCACCCCGUCAACACGCAGGCAGAGUCCCCUUGA